AUGACGGACUCGAACGUGUCAGUGGUUCGGCAAUCGACGCAUGAAGAUCACCCGGACAAACCUGUGGAAGCCACGACAAUGACGUCGUCUCUUGUACACCAUCGCAAGCAUCAUUUGCUGCGUCAAGUGUCCAUGCGGCUUUAUCUGAAGGGCAAAGACGUGGCCGAGGAUGUGCUACGUAAUGUGGCACCUUUUCGUCUUGCAGAUGCCGAGAAAGUCUGCGGAGACGCGCAAUCGAGUCUUGAUCAUGAGAUUCGCAACUCGAAAAAGACAAGGAAACAUCUGUGGCUGCCCAAGACGCAGGACGAUUCCGUACUGCUUGGAUCAUCAAGUUCAAGUCAACAAGUUGCACUCGACGAGGACCAGUCGGCAGUCAAAGAUUUUUUUGUCUCCCGUGUGACCGACCCGACGUCGUACUUUUACCGCUUUCAUUAUGACCAUCAUCGUCAUUUGGCUCCUCGGAAAGCAGAAGUGCACCUCGUGGACAUACAGUGGCUAAAGCCUCAUGAGCAAAUUGUGAGUUGGGAACGAGUAAAUGCAUUGAAGACGGCGACGCUGUCGUGGGAUGCUUACACGAAGCCCUUGCUGGUAGAUAUCAAGACUGGUGCCAUCUUGGACGGUCAUCAUCGCUACAAUGUGGCACUGCAGUUGCGUCUUAAACAGGUGCCUGCUGUCUUGGUGGACUACUUGGGAGACCAAACAAUUCAUGUGGAUGUUUGGCCAGGUUGCGGACGAUCGCAGCUUACGAAAGAAGACGUGAUCGCAAUGGCUCUAUCGCCGGAUGUGUUUCCGCCAAAGACGAGUCGUCACCGGUUCACGGAGAGUCUACCUCCUAUUUCAAUCCCGUUAUCAGUGCUGCGCCAGCCACCACUUCCUAUCGAGGAAGUGGCAAAGCAAGUGGCAUCAUCGUCGGUGUCUCACACAAGUAUGCAAGCGAGAACACCUCCAUUACUAGUGCGCAGGCCUAGUUUACAGCAAAUAUCCAUUCGUCUGAUUUGUGGAGCCCAGAACUUGGCUACGUCAAUGACCAAGAGCCUAUUUCGUGGUCGACUGCGCUCCCAUGAUCGUGUUCGUGACUCAACGCAGAUGGACUUGAUCAGCCGGCCAUCCUACGACACAAAGAAUUUCUUUCACGCCAUUCGUGAGAAUGACCCCACGUCGAGUUUUUGCAGACAGAAGGCUGCGACACUGGAAGACCUUUUGUCGGACGAUACAGAACGUCGUCAAAAGUUCUUCUUGACACGUAUUACCGAUCCAACAUCGUACUUCUACAAGUAUCACUUUGAUGCUCGCCCACAACGACAACCAAAGAAAUUGGUUGUGCAUCUCGCAUCACUUCACUGGCUGAAAGCACACGAACACGUCGUGAGCUGGGACCGCGUCGAAGGUCUGCGUCGCGCCACUGUUCGCUGGGAUGCUUACCUGGAGCCACUGCUUGUAGACAGAGCUACAGGUGCCAUCUUAGAUGGUCAUCACCGUUACAAUGUAGGUAUUCAGCUGGAAUUGCAGUGCGUGCCGGUUGUAUUGGUGGACUACCUGGAGGACGAAACGAUCACAGUGGAUGUCUGGCCAAAAUGUGGUCGCGAUUCACUCACGAAACAAGAGGUGAUUGAAAUGUCUCUAUCAGACAAUCUUUUUCCGCCCAAGACGAGUUGCCACUCGUUCUCAGAUGAUCUACCACCUAUUUUGGUGCCACUCGAGCAACUUCGAAUGCCUUUGGAUUGCAACUACGUUUCAAUGUAG